AUGAUUCUGCCACCCGGGGCCCCGGCCACCACCACACACUUCUUUGGUCGCGUCAACUGCUGGAAGCCAACGUCAACAACGCGCAGUCUGCCUGUCACCCGACCCCACCCUCCCACCGCCACCAUUCUCGCCCGGAACACGCUCCGCAGCUCAGGCGCAAAGGUACCUCCUCCGCGCGACCUGGGCGCCGAGCUCGCCGAGCUAGCGGAGGAGUGGACCGGACCGAGCGUGUUUGUCGACAGCUCAAAGGGGAGCGCGGCCUCGCCCAUCAGCGUCGCAUCGAGCCCGUCGCCGCCGGGCGCGCCAGUAACAGCGCCAGCCACGCCGUCCCGCCUUCGCGUCGUCCCCCGCUACUCGCCGCUCGCGAGCACGGCGCUCACCCCUCCCCGCCGUGACGCGCCGGCUCCGCGCGCACUCCACCCUUUCUUCCGGCGCCCGGUCGCCCCGCCGCCGCGCCAGCCGCGAUUUGUGGCCACUUACUCGUCCACAUCGGAGAGCGGGAGCCAGGGCGACAGCAGCGUCUUCUCGAGCCAGGAGAGCCAGGACCCGCCGUCACCUACCCGCGUUGGCACAUACGCCGACGAGAUCACCGACGAGAUGCCCGUUGCUGAGAAGGCUGUGGUCGUGCCCAGAGCGCGGGUGAGAGUUGUGUCUAAGCCCAAGGGCGGGGUUGUGGCCUUUGAAGCGGCCGAGCCAGCUCCAGAGCCGCCAGCAGAGGAAGCCGAUGAGCCUGCCGACGACGAGGCGGACGAAGCACCCGCCGACGCCGCCGACGCCGCCCCCACCCCCGCCCUCCCCCUCUUCUCCAUCAAGUCCCCGAUCCCCGGGCACUUCAGCCGCACCCCAAACAUCGCGUACACAUCCGACGCGUCCGAGGCGGACGACCUCGUGUCCUGCCUGCGCGGGGACGUGUUCGGCUUCGACAUGGAGUGGCCCUUGCCCGGCGUGGGACCGACAAAGACCAAGACGCUCAAGGACGGCACGGUGCGCGCGUACCGCGAGGGCAAGUGGGACGCCAAGGCGCGGCGGUAUACCUGGCCGCAGGGGCGCACGGCCGUCGUGCAGCUGUGCGACGCGCACACGGUGAUCGUGUACCGCAUCCCCGAGAACCGGCGCCCCGGACCGGGGGUCGCCGCGUUCCUCGCCGACGCUGGCAAGAAGAAGGUCGGCGUGAAUAUCCGGAACGACGGUAACAAGUUUGCGCGCGACUUUCCCGGCGUUGCGCGCCCGGAUGGCCUCGUCGAGCUCAGCGCCAUCGCGCGCCGGAUUGAGGGGGCCGGGUUCUGGGCCGGCCCGAGCCUCGUCGCGCUCGCCAAGCUGGCGCGGCGAUACCUCGCCCGCGAGCUGGACAAGGACCCGCGCGUGCGCUCUGGCGCAUGGGACCAGGUGCUGGAUGCGGAGCAACUGGAGUACGCAGCAAACGACGUGUACGCGUCGCUCCUGAUCCACACCGAGAUGGAAAAGGAAACAGGCCUCGCGCCCGCGAAGGCGAGCGCCUUCGCCCUCUUCGCUGCAGGCGACGACGUGCCCCGCGUCGCCGAGACGAUGGGCAUCAAGGAGACCACGGCGACGUGGUACGUCGCCGAGGCGGACGUGUUCGCCGGCCUGGAGAACGUUGAUGUUGCCGUACGCCGCCGGCUCAUGGGAUAUAUCACGCCGGAUUCGGGCCUGGCGCUGCGCUGGGCUCAGCUGCUGCCUGAUUUGCGGCGCAGCUUGGGCGAGGAGGAGAUCCGGGAAUCAGUGUGA